CUCGUCGUGCGUCACCCUGGAAAAGUGGCUGGGCCACGUGCAGGGACCGGGAGUCCAGAGUGUCCCUGCAGCCUGCAGCUCGGACAUGCGGCUGCAGAAACACCUGUGACCCGGGCGGACUAGCUUUCUGGUUCACUUCGCCACAGCCUGUCUGCUGGUUUGGCUUUGAUCGUCUCGAAAUUAACCACAGUGAGGUGUGCCGAGCCGAGCCAAGCCGAGAUGGACUGUAAGGACGACCCCAAAGGCCCGGCGGUGCUCGGGGAGAGGAGGCGCGGUCCCCUGGAUCAGCUCCCUCCGCCGGCGAACUCCAACAAGCCGCUGACGCCGUUCAGCAUCGAGGACAUCCUCAGUAAGCCGUCUGGGAGGAAGUGCCGCUCCCUGGGCGUGGUGGCGCACACCGUGUCCCCCGCAGAGAAGCUGCCCCCGGCGGGUCACAGCCUGCCCGGCCGCCCGCUGCUCAGCCACACGUCCCCGCUCUGCGCGCUGGAGGAGCUGGCCAGCAAAACCUUCAAGGGCCUGGAGGUCAGCGUCCUGCAGGCUGCCGAGGGCCGGGACGGCCUGGCGCUCUUCGGCCAGAGGAACACCCCCAAUAAGAAGCGAAGGAAGUCCCGCACGGCCUUCACCAACCACCAGAUCUACGAGCUGGAGAAGCGCUUCCUGUACCAGAAAUACCUGAGCCCGGCGGACCGGGACCACAUCGCCCAACAUCUUGGUCUGACCAACGCGCAGGUCAUCACCUGGUUCCAGAACCGGCGGGCCAAGCUAAAGCGGGACCUGGAGGAGAUGAAAGCGGACGUGGAGUCCGCCAAGGUCGCAGGCACCGUGGCCCUGGAGAAGCUCUCCAAACUGGCCGAGCUGGAGAAGUGCGCGGCCGGCGGUAUGGGCUUGGGGGCUGUGUCCGCGCCAGGCCGCACCGAGCCCGAGCCGGUCUCCUCUAGAUCCCCCCGGGACCUCGGCCCCAGCACGGCGCACAUGGCCCCUUCGCCCGCGUCGUCGUCGCACACAGAACGGCGCGGCAGCAAGUGUUGCUCAGAGGAUGAAGACGAGGACAUUGACGUGGAUGACUAG